UCGAGCUGCAGUUCUCGAGCUGGCGCGCGCAGAGAGGCAGCGGUUGAGUGAGACCCGCUCUCACCGACAUGGAGUAACGGACAGCCGGGAAGAGAGAGGGACACACACCGGGCACACGGGACAGGACGCUGACGCUCUUGACGCUUUAACGGAUAACGAGCGCGAUGUUGUAGCGGGAUUUAAACCGAUGGCGCCCGGAUUCCUUUACUGCGCGUGACACCGGAGGAGCACAGCAGCAGAAGGCGAGUCAGCCAGGCGGCGCGAGGAUCCAGGCGGUGCGUCCAUCAUGCUGUGGCCGCUGGUGGCGCACUUCCUGUCGGCUGUCGCGCUGUGGCGCCCCGCUGGAGCGCAGUACUCCAGCGACGAGUGCAGCUGGAGGGGCAGCGGUUUAACCCAUGAAGGCCACGCGCGUGACGUGGAGCAGGUCUACCUCCGCUGCUCUCAGGGCUCUCUCGAGUGGCUCUACCCGACCGGCGCCAUUAUCGUCAACCUGCGGCCUAACAUGGCAUCUCCGUCCGCCGCACAUCUCUCCGUGUGCAUCAAACCGUCCCAUGAAUCGAGCGGCACUCACAUCUACCUGGAGCGGAUGGGUAAGCUGCGGCUGCUGCUCCGUGAGGCUCAGCAAGCCGAGGGCAAAGUACACUGCUUCGGCAUCCAAGAGGGAGCGCUGUUCAUCGAGGCUGUGCCUCAGCGCGACAUCAGCCGAAGGAUCACCUCCUUCCAGUACGAGUUGGUCAACCACAGGCCCGGUGCUGAUCCUCAAUCACUGAUAGCCCCGUGUCAGCCCUGCACCGACGCCGAGCUGCUCCUGUCCGUCUGCACGAGUGACUUCGUGGGACGUGGCAGCAUCCUCGGCGUGGAAGAGGAGGAGGAUCAGACGUCAGUGGGCGUCACUUUGUCUCGUGUAUACAGACAGAAGAGUGAGGUGUUCACACAGACCGGGGGCCGGGUGAAGGUCUGGACGGGGAAGCUCCUGAUGCCGCACGAGUGCAGAGUGAAACCCGGUGAGGGCGAGUUCCUCUUCACCGGCACCGUGCGUUUCGGCCAGGCCUGGCUCGGCUGCGCGCCGAGAUACACAGACUUCCUUAGGACGUACCGGGAAGCCGAGACUCACGGGACCAACCCAUGUCACGUAGACACGAACUGAGAGUCACAUCACAUCACGUCUUGUAUCGGUCGUAUCAGACGCAUCUGCCUAAAUCAGACUCUUUCCCCGAGAGCGGCUUUAUACAAACCUGACAUUCUGAUUAAAACCUAAAUCGAUGUAGCACACGUCUGUGUUUAAAAAGUGUAAAAAAAAAAAAGAAAAAUGUGAAAACAUUGUGCGAUUGAAGUCCUCUGCUUUUGUAAAAAGCUUGUUUGUACAGUUUUUAUUUUUUGUACCUUUUUGCAGUCUUAUGACAAAAAACAUGUUAAAGAAAAAAAUGCUUUUUAUUUUAUUCUAGUUUCUUUUUUUUGUAUAGAAGUGCUAUUUCUCUGCCUGCACUAUGCCUCCAAGAAUGAGAAAAGAUUUCAAAAGAUUAAAAAUACUUUUUUUCUGAGGAA